AUGGGCUCCAGGGACUGUUCGGGAAUUCCUACCGUUCGUUUUACCCAGAUGGAGUCAAGUGCUAUGCGUAUGCCUGGUGCAGCAGGUAUCUACAUGUACCUAGGUAGCACCUGGGCACAGUUCAUAGCUCGAGCUGCCCUUAAACCAGCUGAUCACACCACACCACACUUCCGUCAUCCUCUCGGGAGUCAUCGCUCACUUUACUUCACACUCCUCAAUACUCUCCAGGGCCUCAACCACAACCUUGGAAUCCUCCCAGUCCCUCACCAUCGUCGUUACACUUCCUCUUCGUCCUACACACCUACAACAGUAAGAACACCGACGGCGAUCGCUUCACUCGAGCUUGCACAGAGGGUCUCCCAACUCCGCCAUGUCGUCUUCCAUGCCCAUCCCACCGCGGAAGCCGGCCGUAGGCGCCUCGAGCAACACCGCCUGGUCACCAGCAUCGUCAUCUUCCUCGUCAGCCUUUUACUCACCACCUUCCGCUUCCUCCUCCUCCUCUUCUACUACUCCUGGGAACUCAACCCCGUCGACCAGUUCCAUCCCGUCCACACCAAACAUGUCGUCCAAAGCGAAGCAAAAGGCACCCAUGUCGGCAUCUCCACCCUCUGCUGGCUGGAUCUCACCUCGCCGACCUUCACUACUCGUGGUUCCCACGUCACAGGCAGCUCAUUCACCCGGUCGGAAUACACGGUCGUCAACGUCAGCCAUUCACACGGUCCGCCUCGACUGGUCACAUGUGUCAAGUCUUCCCAAGGCUUUGAUUGGAACCAAGAGCUGUUCCUACCAUCCUACGCUGCUGACUUCGACGCCCGUGUCCUCGAGCACCGAUCGGACCCUGUCGAGGACAUCAUCCUAUCCGACGAGGAGGCUGCCGCGAUGAUGCCCCAGUGA